AAAGCUGGGGAACAAGCUGGCCCAUCUUCUCUGCACGUCCCUGGCACAGCUGCCAUCCCUCGGAAGGGCAGUCUUUGGCAUUUCCUUUCUGGAAGCUGCUGAAAUUGGAUCAGGGCACAGCAGGAGGAGGAGGAGGAAGAAGAAGAAGAAGGAAGAAGAGUGGGGGAAGAAAAAAAAGACAUACACUAGGACCCAGAGAAAAAAUUCAGCCUUCCAGAUUUUCUCGCUGGGUGCUCAGUCUUACACAGUCUUCUCCGAGAGAGAGACGUACUGCCGUUAAAAAAAGAAACGAGGGGUCCAGAUUUUGGGGUGGGGCACAGAGGAGAGAGACCCAACCCCAUCUCCGCUUCCUGGAAUUUGGGGGGCCAGCUUGGAGACGCGAACCCCAAACCCUCCCAAAAAUGCCAGCUUGCUCUUUGCCCUUUUAACUCCUGGAACCGGGUGGCUGGACCAGCGGCUCCGCUUGCAAAUUCUCUCUUUGGAUUCCCAACCGAGAUGUGAGGCUAAGAGAGAGAGAGGGGGAAAAAAAUCCAGACGCAUGGAAGACCGAUCCAGAAGUCAGAAAUGGCGCCGUCGACACGAAGGAAAAGGCCCUGCCAGCUGUGCCCCUGCUUUCGUUCAAUGGAGACAUCCUGCCAUGGUGCUCAAGUUACAGUGACUGAAUUCCCCACCUAAACGUCGGAUACCACGAUGAAGAACCACCAGAGCCCACACGCCGUCGUCCUGGUGAUCCUCUUCGCCUUGUUUAUGCUGCUGAUCAUUUACAAUUCCAACAGCCGGAACGAAGGGCUCCGUUACACCGCUUUGCAGGCCAAGACCCCGCUGCCCUCCAGCCUCAAGAACUGGGGGGUGAAAGGCGAAUACCUGCCUGUCCCCGGAGGGAAGCCCUUGGUUCAGCACUGCAACCAGUGUGCCCUCAUCACCAGUUCCAGUCACCUCCUGGGCAGCAAACUGGGCAAAACCAUCGACCAGUCCGAAUGCACCAUUCGCAUGAACGACGCGCCCACCACGGGCUUCUCGGAAGACGUGGGGAACAAGACCACCUUCCGCGUCGUGGCUCACUCCAGCGCCUUCCGUGUCCUGAAGAGGCCCCAGGAAUUCGUCAACAAGACCCCCGAGAACAUCUUGAUUUUCUGGGGGCCCCCGCUCAAGAUGCAGAAGAGCAUCAUCAAACUCAUCGAACGGGUCAGCCUCAGUUUCCCCAACAUGACGGCCUUCGUGGUUUCCCCAAAGCGCAUGCAACAGUUUGACGAAUUGUUCCGAAAAGAGACGGGCAAGGACAGGCAGACUUCCCGGUCCUGGCUGAGCACCGGAUGGUUUACCAUGGUGAUCGCGGUGGAAUUGUGCGACAAACUCCAUGUUUACGGUAUGGUGCCUCCCAGCUACUGCAACAGUAAGACCCCUCCCCACCGGCUUCCCUACCACUAUUACGAACCCAAAGGGCCCGACGAAUGCACCACCUACAUCCACAACGAACGCAGCCACAAAGGGAACCACCAUCGGUUCAUCACUGAGAAACGGGUGUUCGGCCGAUGGGCUAAUCUCUACAACAUCACCUUCUCGCACCCCGAGUGGGAAUAGUGGCAACGAGGAGACCCCCACACACAAGUGCCGAAACCGGGAUCCUGCAGACCCUCCACACCCUAACUGGGCCUGGCCAGCAGAACCUGGACUGCUGAGUUUUAAAUUUCCCAUCAUGCCAUACAGGAGUGCCUUGGGGCAUUGUGGGAAAUUAGAAGUCCGGUGAGCUCACCGUUGGAUGGAGGUUGCUUUUAGUUGGAUGGUUGAUGGUUGAUAAGUUCUCCAAGAUAGUUUAUUUCACAUCUCACUGGUUCCUGGACUGCUAUGUUAAAUUUCCCAUCAUGCCAUAGAGAAGCACCUGGGGCAUUGUGGGAAAUUAGAAGUCCAGUGAGCUCACAGCUGGAUGGAAGUCCAUUGAGGUUGCUUCAAGUUGGAUGGUUGGUAGUUGGUAAGUUCUCCAAUAAAGAUCCCCUCCUUGGUUCCUGGACUGCUAUAUUAAAUUUCCCAUCAUGCCAUAGAGGAGUGCCUUGGGGCAUUAUGGGAAAUUAAAAGUCCGAUGAGCUCACAGUUGGAUGAAAGUCCAUCAAAGUUGCUUCCAGUGGGAUGGUUGAUGGCUGAUAAGUUCUCCAAGAAAGUUUAUUUCACGUCUCUCUGGUUCCUGGACUGCUGUGUUAAAUUUCCCAUCAUGCCAUAGAGAAGCUCCUUGGGACAUUGUGGGAAAUUAGAAGUCAGAUGAGCCCACAGCUGGAUGGAAGUCCACCUCAACCCCUUGCAGGGUUGCUUCUACGUGGAGCUCAUUGGUAAGCUCUCCAAGAGAUAUUUUCUUCUCUCUUUCUCUGGUUCCUGUUAUUUCCCAUCAUGCCAUAGAGAAGCACUUGGGGCAUUGUGGGAAAUUAGAAGUCCGGUGAUGAUGUUGGAUGGAAGCCCAUCAAGGUGGCUUCUAGAUGGGUUGCUUAAUGGUUGGUAAGUUCUCCAAGAGAGAUUUUUUUCCCCUUUCUCUCUGGUUCUUCUUCGCUGCCCUGUUCAACUUUAGAGACUUGAUCUUGGAGGGGGAGCCCUCCUGAGCUCCGGACUCCAACUCCCAUUAUCCUUAGCCAGCUCGCUCAUGAUCAGAGAAGAUGAUAGUUGGGGGGAGCCCUCACCAUCUAUUUAUCUUCCCCCCUCUUGCUCGAUCUCUUUAGUCCUUCCAAAGGUGGGGGUUUUUUAGAGAGAGAGGUCAACCGAGCCAAACCUCCCUCGGUGCUCGCUACCCCCCAACUGGGGAGGAUGGGAGUUGUAAUUUUGGAACAUCAAGGAGAGCAAAGAUUGGGGUGCUAUUUUUUUCUGUCCUCAUUACGAAAAGAUUUUUAAAAAUUUAAAAUAAUAAUAAUAAAAAAAAGAGCAAGGAAGUGAAGCGAUAGCUCUCCGGUGGUCAUCCAAUCCAUCUGGGAUCAGGAAAAGGAAACACACACACCCCAAAAAAAGUUACUGAAGGCAUUUCAUACCUGCUUCUGGGCGAGCGAAGAACCCCUUUACCUGUCCUAUCCAGCAAAGGGGUUCUCCAAAUCUAUGGAUCUUAUUUUAUUUCAUUUUUCUGCUCUGAGGUGGGUGCCCAGUGGCCCAAGCACCAAGGCAGCGGAAUCAGCCUGGCACAACAGCCCUGGCCUCCGAUUUGCCACCUCCCCAAAUCACAUCACAGUUCCUACAAUCUCAAAAUUGGCAAAG